AUGUUUGGACACACACACAAAAUCCCCAUUAAUCCACAACCCGCAGCCACAGGAUCCAAGUCCAACAUAAUCUUCAUUCCUCAGUUUGACUGUUUUGCUGUUAAUGGCGUGCUGUGUCCCGAGCCGAUUUCUUGGGUUCAGCCAAACCAAACACCCGCAGAGAUGGAGAUGGAGGAGCAGGCAAGAGCGAGUUUUGCCGAAGAAAGAAAAGGAAAUAGGAAACGGACUAAAUCAGAAGUAGUUAAUGUUGAAAUGAUGACCUUCCAACUUUUUAAAUCUCCAAUUAUGGACAAAGAAUGUUAUAUUUUACAAAUGUACAAGAUGGAAUCAAAAAAUAUUACCAACUACCUGUUAUCCGUCUACGAGGAAAAUGGAAAAAAGGAAGUGAAAGUAGAAUCCCGUUCAACAGGAGAAAUUGAUUCAGAGCCUAUAACAGAAGAAAUCAGCAUCAAUCUACACAACGAGUUAUCACUGCAAGAACGAUUAGUGGGUUGGACAUUUAAAGCAAAAAAACGUCAGUCCUCCAACUUAACUGACAAGUAUUUUAUUCAUGGCCAUGGGAAGGCUAAGAAAACUUUUCGGUCUGUGAAGGAGUUUGGCAAUUUCAUACUUUUCCACACUACUCUAGAAGGUUCAUCUCAUCGAGGCAAGGCAAAAAUGAUAGGAAAAGAGCAGCAAGAAGCAUCUCUGGCAGAAGCAAACGAGAAUCCAGCAAGUAGACAUGAAAUUGUUGUUCCUCGCUGUGAUGAAGACAAUGUUGGUGAAGGAAAAGAACAGCAAGAAGCAUCUCUGGCAGAACAAAACCAGAAUCCAGCAAGCAUACAUGAAAUUGUUGUUCCUCGCAGUGAUGAAGACAAUGUUGGUGAAGGUGAUGAAGAUGGAAUCUUCUCUGAAAUUUUGAAGAGUUCAAUUACAGAGUUGUAA